AUGAAGACAAAUAGUAAGCCCACGCUGUUGUCAAAGCUGGAGGCACUCGAUGUAAUCAACAGGUCCUUAGAAACUCACAGCAGCCACUCAGAGUUUUUGGAAAAAGUGCAACUGUACUGUACUUCCUCUAUGGCCAAGACCAGGGCUCAAAAAGUCAAGCAGGCACUUACAGAAAUGGGAUUGACAGAGUUCGAGGCCAUACAGCUACUCGACUUCAAUCCUAAGUCUAUUGUUUGCCUUCAGCUUGUGAUCGAGGACAUGGAAGAAAGAUUCACUGAGGACGCCCUCAUCGGAAUAUUAGAUCUGUUCAACGACAACGAAUAA